CACCGCCCGUCGCUGCCAAACCUGCCAUUUUAUUUCGGCUGAGUUUUGUUGUCAUAAUAUUUUAAUGAAAUUAUAAAAUAAUCUUAUCAUAAUAACUUUAAUAGUGCAAUGUGGCACGACGUGAUAGUAUAAUUGAUUUUCUUAGAAGUUUUAAUUCAAAUUAUUUGAUUAAAAUUUGUUUACAUAUCCCGUUAAGUGGUUCAUUGUUUGAAGGAUACAAUCGAAAAGAAAGAGGUCUCAGCAUCUCGCAGGGGCUCGUGAUGUCAUAAAUUGAACUCAAACGAUGUAAGAAUGUCGCGCGUACUCAGCGCGCUGAACGGGGCGCUGCCGGACUCGCGGCCGCUGCUCUCGCUCCAAAUAGUGGAGACUGUCGCCAAGUGCCCCGCCGGCUAUGUGGCCGUCAGCCGGACCUACGACGAAGACGCCGACGCCGGCCUGCUGCGGCAGAACGGGCUGUUCGGCAAGAAACCCACUCACUACAUCUGCCUGUCCAAGUCUGAAGGCGUCCCAGGCUACGUGAUGGACGGUAUAGCAGUGGUCGGCGAACGCGAGGCGGCCCCGCCUGGCUACAGUGUGGCCGGCCGGGCGGGCAAGCGGCGCUUAUGUACACGAGUGUCAAGAGGGGCGGCAGAGCCGCGCUUGCCACCCGUGACGGACGUGAUCGUAUGCUCGCGGAUGCGGCAGGCGCCGCGAGGAUUCAUAUUAGCUGGUGAGAUAAACGGCAAGAUGGUAUGCUACAAAGUCGGCGACGGUAGCGUCGAGUCCUCGCCGACGCACACACAGAAUGAGUACGAGAACGUCUUGUCCAACAUUACUCCUGAGGCCAAUAGAAGACUGCGAGCGGCACCCGAGAGGCCUCCGAAGUUGUCCCCGAUCAUAUCCGACUUGAAGAACAUGAACAUGGGCGCGUACCCGAACAUCGAGGACUUCACCACGGGCCACGACUACGAGGCCCUGAGUCCGUCUUACAACAUCAAACCGGCGAGGCCGGCGCCCAGGCCUCCAUCGACGGAGUCCCCGGUGACGUCGCCGCCGCCCCCGCACCGCAAGAAGGGCCCCGCGCCGCUCCCGCGCAACAACUACCAGACGCUCGGCGGGUACAGCGGGCUCGAGGGCGUGCCCUUCGUGCUCAACUCGAGGCUUCGGGGGCUACCCAACGACGCUUUAACUCAGUUUCCGAUGAUCAAAAAGCGUACUCGCUUCGAACUGGACCGCGACUACUCAUACUCCUUCACCGCGGAGCGGCAGACGUGAGACGGCCAGAAAAGGACCUUAAACACGGGCACACAAGGCUCAGUUUGACAUGGCGGUAUUUUUAAACAUGAUUGUGAAGUAGGUACAUAAGAGACUGAAAACCAAAACUGGUGUUGUUGAGCACUGUGUAUUAUUGUAUAUGAUACAUCAAUAUUCUGCCUGUAUCAUAAAUGAUACAUCAAAACAAAGCACGCUGAUACGCGUAAUUAUUGAAGGUAAUUUUCUAUAAUACACCGUGUUUUUUUUUGUAUCCGUUAAUUUCAAGGGUGCAUUCCUGAGCUUAAAUCAAGUAACUUUCUCAAAGAUAUUCUAAUUAACUCCAUUUCGGAGAUAAUCAAUUUUUUUUUUCCUAUAAGGCCUCUACGAGCGUGUACACUUGCCUUAGGGCCGGUUUACAUAUUGAUUAGUGUUUAGAAUGAGUUCAUACAUUUGCUACUAAACUUAAGUACAAUCGCGGUCGAUCGAUGUUCCAAAUGACAUUGAUAUGUCACAGAUUUCAAUUGUUUGGGUGAGUUAAAUGUAAUGCCCGUGUUACAAUCACGCUACAUGCUACAUUUAAUUACUUUUUAAACUUAAUUAUUUUGUUAAAAAAAGUAAAAAAAAAUACUUUUUUUUGAAAAUUAACUUUGCCAUUUAGUUCUCUUAAACGUACUUAACCAUACCCCGAAGUUAACGGAAUUCAAUAAAAACACGGUGUAUAUAACAUAUUUUACGAGUAAUAAUGAAAUAAAUAUAAUGGACUUAGUAGUGUUUUAGGGUUUCAUUUCGGUUAUUAAAAAUCGAGCACAUGUCGGAAUUUACGAGCGUAGCCAUGCUGUUUUUAUGAUAUGUACUUGUGUCUUGUGACACUCCCAGACUUUUGUCACGUCAAAAUUCACGUCGAGAGUCUGCUUGGACGGACUCUGUCAACAACCUAUUGGUUUGAUAACUUUGAUACUACUUAUACUGAGGGCGUACCGCGAAACACGAUGAUCAAAAUUUCGUUAUCUGCCUGUCUAUUACUCUUGCGUAUUGGAGCGAUAGAGAGGCAGAUAAUGAAAUUUCGAUUAUCGUGUUUCGCGGUAGGCCCUCUGAUUUGAAAACUUUCGAGAAAACACAUUCUCAGAAACUUCUCAUAUUUUUGUAUGAGAAUAGAAAUUUAAAUUUUCCAUUUUCACAAUGAGAGUUUUCGUCGUUACAUGUGAAAAUUUCCUGAAAUUUCCUAGAAAUGUUUCUGAACUUUGGGUAAAAUAAUUUCGCAACUUGCACAUGUUGUAUACACAUUGUAACAUAAUCGAGAAAAUUAUUGAAUCCAUAAAAGACUGGCGGGAAUGAAUUGGGGGAAGGGAAGGUUUACAUUAUUAUGUAUUGUUAUUAUAUACUUAUUGUACACACAUAGAAUGUAUGAGUUUUUACACCCCUUUUGUAUCGUGAAGGUAGAAUAUAAUGUAAAUGGGUAGGUCAGGAUUUUUAUAAUACACCGAUUUUAUUUGACAGAACUAAAGUGUCAUGGGUACUUGAUCAUCUAAUAUUUUAACCCCAAAGUCGUCAUUUGACGCGCGCUGCUACAUGGUUCACGAUGACGCGCCGCACACGAUCGGUUAAAGUGACUGUCAGAGAAAGUGUUAUGGUACAAACAGCAACACUUUUAACUGCCCAUCGCUGGACCUUAUGCCUUUUGUAAUAAGGUUUAGGAUCUGUCAGUCUUAUAUUUUUCACUCUACUAUUAAAACAUUUUAAAUUGAUAAGUAAGCGGAAUCUUGCACAUUUUCGGUGUAUUACAAAAAUCAUAGUGUAAAAUGGACAUAAUAGAUGUACAGAAAUAGGAAUAUUCGAUGCCUUAAUAGUGCAAAUGAUGACUCAUUUUAAUUUGUCAUUAUAAUAUUAUGAUAAUGUUUUCUUUUUUAAGUUGGGUGGAUGAAAUAGAAUAGGAAGUUUUAUAGAAAAAUGAUUGAUGAAUAAUUAAAGUCGAGUUGCCAUAAACAAUAACUAAGCAAAAUAGAACUACAUAUUUUUUCCAAUAAUAAAAUAUUGUGGCGAAAUAUGUCUCGUAAAGGAGGGAUUCCACCAGUGUGCGGCACCGUGCAGCACAAGCAUUUUUGUGCUGAAUAUGCUUGUGCCGCACAGUGUUGAAAUCCCGCCUUAAUAUAAACCUUGUUUUAAACUCCGUUAAUUUCAAAACACUAAUGAAUAUAUAGGUAAACAGGCCCUAAGGCAAGUGUACACGCUCGUAAGGGCCUUAUUGGAUAACAUUUUUGUCUAUCUUCAAAAUGUAGUUUAUCAGAAUACUGCAGGUGUCUUCGAGAAAUAAACUUAAUAUAAGCUCAAGAUGCACAAUGCACCCUUGAAAUUAACGGAGUUCAAAAACACGGUGUAUAUCAUUUUAAAGUUCGCUUGAUAGAAAACAGAAUCUAAAAUACCACAAGUGAGACACAAUUCGCCUUAUUAGGCUGAGAUUCCACCAGAGAUGUGCGAGGAUGCGUAACGACGGAUGGGUUUGUUAAGAAUCAAUAAAAUCACUUCAUUUGUUUUCCUUGCUUAGCAUGUAGUGAUUCUAUUAACAAACAUCCCUCGUUGCGCAUCCUCUCACAUCUCCGGUGGAAACGCAGCCUUAAUGACGAUUUGUAAUAAUUUAAAUAAACACUAGCGUCAAGUUACGGUACAAACUAAACAGAAGAAUAAAAUACCACUUAGUCUAGUAAAUAGUAUCUUUAUUUAAGUAAAUUCGCACUCCAAUAGCAACGUACCUAUUCGAGUUCAAAAUGAUAAACACAAGUUUGUAGUCUGUCUUUAGGCAGUAUGAUAUCAUUAUAUCUCUUUUUCUUGUAAGGAUUUUAAGCCAAUUAUUAUUAAAAAAUAUCACUUAAUCCUCUCGCGUGGAAUGAUGGUCCCUAUGACAGUUCGUUUAUGGAGGAGCUGUCAUGUAAAAUGUUUGCAGACAUUUUUUUAAAGUUUAGCACGUUGUUUUAUUUAUAAAUGUAACAUUUAAGUAGGUACUUCUUAAAAAUACGGUUAAAACAUAUUACAUAUUUUUUUUAUAAUGCCCAAACAAAAGAGACUUCUGUCAUAGGGACUACCAUUCUACGCGAGAGUUAAUUACAAUGUAUUAUCGUAUGUGACGCAUAAUAAAAUUUGGGUCACUCGUAAUUAUAUUAUUAUUAAAUGUGACAUAAAGUUGUAUUCGUAUAUGAUUCAAAAUGACGCACUAUCUUUAGUGGGUCACGUUUAAUAAUUUUACUAUGAUUAUUUUUAAUGAAUAUUAAUUUUUGACUUAUUUGUGGCAUUUUGAAUUCAGAAUAGCUGGAAUUUAUUUGAUAUAUUUUGUGAGGUAAUGUUUCUUAAAUCAUUUAUCCAUCUGUCUUUAUCAACUAAUGUCUAUAUUUAAAUGUUGUAGUACCAAGAAUUGUAAUACUUUAAAGUACACAGUAAUAGUGUUUAAUUUGGUACAAACUAAAGCUCUGUAAAAUCAUUGGUAUACAGUUAUUAGCGUAACUGAGUCAAUGUGCAUCACUUUGACGUGCUUCUUUCAUUAUUUCACAAAAGGCCUGUUAUUCAGUUACUAUUUUAUUAUUAAUGGUUUACAACACUGAUCAACUGACUGAACCAUUAUGUUAUUGCAGAUAAAAAUAAUAAUUUUAUCCAUUAGAUACUAUUUAGUACUGAAUCAGUUUUGCACCGAUCUCGUUAAAUGAAGAUUAGUCUGAUAAAUCUACAGAAAAAUAUAAAACUUUUAGUUGAUAUGUGUUUGGCUCAUCCACAUGUGAAACUGAUUCCUAUUAAUUGCAUUCACAAUCUUGAUUUUUUCGUUCAUCCUAUAUUUUGAUGGAAAAACUGUUAAACUUCCUUUUUUUAAACCAGCCUAAAAUUUAUAUUUUUCUUUGACACGUCCAUGUAAGGUAAUUAGUUAAAAUAGUAUAUUAUAUGCUCUUUAUAAUGUGGUAUAUAAUUAAUAUUAUAUCUAACAUAUUUUUAUAGCUAUCCCAGAAUGAAGUUACCUCCAAAAUGUAACUAACAGCAAAUUUGUUAGGCUAUUUGCCUUGACUCAGUUUUGCACCGGACUAAACAUCGCCAGUAACUAAAUACAAAAAUAAGUCUGACUGAAAUGAUUAAGAACUAUUACAGUGGGCAUAGAAUUCCUUACUUUAAAUGAGGUACCGAAUUGGGAAUGCCUAAGAAAAAAUUAAGUAAUGCGAAAAAUAAGUUAGGUCAAAAUUUACAGUUUUCAGUAUGAAAUUAAGAAAAAUGUAUAAGACGGAAGAAUAUCAUUUGUAAUAAAGUUUUGUAGCGGCACUUAAGAAGUAGAUAUUCUGCGUAUUGCUUUUUCAGGCAAAUUUGUUUGUCAUCAAAUUAUUUACAUUUUACUGAGGUACUGAUAUUGACUCAGUUAUGCAACUAACUGUAGAUUCUUUGAUGUAGGUAUUACUGCCAAAUAGUACGUGUUUAUAUUCAUACGUAAUAAUGGUUUAUAGAAAAUCAUAGCAUAUCAUGAUAACGACAUAGGGUCAUAGCACGUCCGAUCUAAAUAAUGCCUUGAUUAAUUUAGCUGAUCGAUUUAAUAGUAGUAUAGAUAGACAGUGGCCUUGUGCUAUAGACUGAUUGAGCUCACAACCCCGCAACGGAGGCGAUAGUGAUGUAGUCAUGGACGAAACUCAACGUCAAGUCUAAAGUAAGCCCCUCUACAAACACUAUAUGUUUUAGCCGAUUAUUAGUAUUAUUACCUAUCUCUAGCACAUACAGCUAUGUGCAUUAAAAUAUCAGUCAAUUAUGUAAUGAAAAUUAAGGGAAAACCAUGAGAAAAAAUAUGGGCAGUAAAAAAAACAUGAUAACCGGAAUUAUUUUUAUACAUUUUUGUCAUACGCUAUUCCGCGUGUUUUUGGCGUAGUCCCUUCGGAAUCUUCUUAAGCGGGUUUUACUGUAUUUCGUAUCUGAUAGUGGCAGGGCAAUGCAUUUCGAGUAUAUGUAUUUUGUCUUUGAUUAUUUUGAAUAUUUUUGUUGGAUUUAACCUCUGUUUUGGGUUCCGUGAGCUCCCAGAAAGUAAUGCUGACAUAUGUUUUAUCAAUGUUUAAUUGUACGCCUUAAUAUCAGCAUGCGAUAUUGUAAUAGUGUUGAAUAUCAAUCUUACUUCCCUAGAGCUAGGAUAUUAUACAAGCGUCACAAAAUUAGAGGAUUAUGACAUGUGACGUAUUCAGUUUUAAGCUUACUUCGGUCAUACGUAUAGAUAUAAUAGUUCCCAAUUGUAGGAAGAGUUCUUCACAUUCGUGUAUAGAGUCGGACCAAAAUAACUCUGCACUACUAAAAUAUGAUUUUUUUACUGGUUCUAUUCAUAUCGGUGCGAUCGAAGUUAGCUUAUACGGACAAGACGGACGGAUUUAUGCACAAGUGUACAUAAAUCUAUAACAACAUGAUAACAAAUGACGCGUGUCUUAAUUGUUUGGACGUCAAUAUGUUGAAGCGUCACAUUUGAUAAUAUUCUGACACGUAAAUGUAUGUGUGUGUUUUUGUUGUGUAUUAUGGUCUGACUAGUAAAUUGUCACUAAAUAAUCCUGUCUUCUGUAACUCCUACAAUUUCAUUAUGUAAUACAGAUGGAUUUCGCGCCUUUUUCUAGUGACAACACUGGUUAGGAUGGUAUUUCACCUGUCCAAUUUCUUUGUUCAAUGUCAUUGCGUCUCACUCUCUCAUUAAAGCAAAAUGUGAGACGCAAUACACAUUGGACAAAAAAAUUGCACAGGUGGAAUACCAACCUUAACCAGAAUAUAUAGGUAUGUAAAUUAUUUAAUUGUAAUAAGACUUAAAUCACUUGUGCCAACGCUAAACAAGCAAAUUAGAGCCGGAAUUCAAAGCCCAUUUUAUAGAAGAGGCCAUUGCUUAUUUAGUGGGCCGUUUUAUUAAAAGUUGUCGGUACAGAGUCAGCAGCAAUAGUUGCUAAGCGGGCGAGGUGUUCAAAAUGACCUUGACGCGACUUUAUUGUUAAGAGAAUAAGAGCGCGUAAUUUUGAACACCUCGCCCUCUUAGCAACUAUUGGUGCUGACUGUACACUUACACUUUUUUUUUAAUUUGGAAUUUUUUAUGUAAUUUCCACUCAGAAUUACGAGCUCUUUCGAUCCUAAUAGGAGAAAAAAAGUGUAUCCCCCUUAUUCAUAAACGCGCUACAAGCCUCAAUUGUUUGUCUUUAUCUGUCAUUUUGACAUAUGUAUUUGUAAGAAAGGGAUAAAACAUAAUUUAACUAAAUCAGGCCCGUAAAGUUUUAUGAAUAAGGGGGUACUACUUUUAUUUCAUUCCGUUACCGUUUUUCAU